AUGGGGAUCACACACGCCGAGUACCUUGCAUCGACCAAAGUUUUUGGCUGUGCUAAGUGUAAGACGCAUUUGGCGACCAUCGAUGGGCUGAUCAGCAAGAAUUUCAAUGGUCAACACGGCCGUGCUUUCCUCUUUGAGACGGUCGUCAACAUCUCGCUCGGGGCACCAGCAGACCGCGAGAUGAUGACGGGCAUGCACACCGUACGCGAUAUCUAUUGCGGCAAGUGCUCAACCACACUUGGAUGGCGAUAUGACCGAGCAUUUGUUUCGUCAGAAAAGUACAAAGAGGGAAAGUUUAUCCUGGAGAAGGCGCUCAUGGUCGACGUCAAAUAG